CAAAAAGUAUGUAUUAGUUUUCUUAUAACAUCAGAACAUAAUAUGGAAAAAUGGACAUAACACAAAUUUAUAAAUCGACAUUAGAACAAAGCAGACUAAUUCUCUGGUGAGAACUACGAAAAUUGAAUCUAUGGUAUUGUGAGGACAAUAAAAGAAUUAAUGGCGAGAGGAAAAUCAUCCCUGAUUGAAGGUGAUGAAGUCGAAAAACCUUGGGCACAAAUAGUUGCCAUUUUAAUUGGUUCUUUGGCUGGUUUUACUGACGGAUUGCAUUACUCAUGGACAUCUCCUUUCAUAGUAAAAAUAGUAGAAGACAAGAAAAACUACAACAUUUCCGAAGAAGAAGCGUCGUAUUUUCCGACUAUCCAACCGAUCGCUAUGCUGCUGUUUUGUCCCAUUUUCUCCGUACUUUCCGAUAAAAUCGGCAGGAAGAAAACCUUCUUAUUGAUCGCUUAUCCGCAAAUCAUAAGUUGGCUGCUAGCUGCGUUCGCCAAAGAUGCCAUGGGAUUUUACGUUUCGAGAUUUUUCGCCGGCAUAGCCAACGGCUGUUUCUUCGCAGUGUUCCCUUCUUACGUAGGCGAGAUCUCCAAUCCCACAAUCAGAGGCACUUGGGGAAAUGUGGUAUCAACGUCAAUGUAUUGCGGAGAGCUAGUCAUCAAUAUAGUGGGAAGUUAUUGCGGCGUCCGAGAAACUUCUUUCAUAUUUCUACCUUUGCCUAUUUUAUUUUUAAUACUGUUCUGGAUGAUGCCGGAAUCGCCUUAUUGGUUCCUCAUGAAAGGAGAAGAAAGUAAGGCGAAGGAAUCUCUACGAUUUUUCACCAGAAAGGAGAAUAUUGAUGAGGAUUAUUUCAAACUAAAGUUGGAUGUCGAUAGACAAAUGUCAGAAACGGGAAGAUGGGUCGAUUUAGUUAGAAUUCAAAGUAACAGGAAGGCUUUAUUGGCGGGAGCUUUUUUGAGAUUAACCCAACAAACAUCUGGAAUGGGUAUAUUUUUAGUUUAUAAUCAAUUCAUAUUCGAAAAAUCCGGGAGUAGUUUAAGCAGGGAAAUUUGUUCAAUAAUUUAUUCUUCAUUGUAUGUCAUUUUAAAUAUUAUCGUAGUGGUUUUCAUUGUAAAUCGUUUCUCACGCAGGAUAUUAUAUUUUAUAUCACUGGCAGGAGCAGCUGUAAUGCUUUAUGUUUUAGCUACGUAUUUUUAUUUAGACGAUCAUACGAAACUAACUUCAUUCGGAUGGGUACCUAUAACAGGUACUGUAAUUUAUCAAGUAUUUAUGGGUACUGGCUUAUGCGUCAUCCCAACAUUAAUGAUGAGCGAACUGUAUUCAACCAGUAUUAAAGCCAAAGCGAUGAUAGUGUUGACGAUCAGUUUCGCUGGUGGAAACAUUAUAAUCAACCCACUCUUUUAUUAUUUAAACACCAGCUUCGGUUUUCACACGCCAUUUUAUUUCUUUGCCGUAUGUAAUACUAUAGCACUUGUUAUUGCAUAUUACAUCGUGCCUGAAACUAAAGGAAAGACGCUAGAAGAAAUACAGCAGAUGCUAAAAGUCAGUAAUGUAAGAGUAAAUUAAUAUGUACUUUUUAAUAUUGAUGCCUAAGACAGGUAGUGCAGGGAAAUUUUCUUAGUUUUAUUUAAGUAUGUUAAAUUUUAUGUAAGCUUUUUUAAAUAAUAUGAAUAAAUUACGUUUGUUUUUAUCUUA